AUGGGGUCUAAUACUACUUACUACGCAGGCACCGGCUCAUUUACUGAUGGUAUUAGGGACAAUAACGUGAUUUGGUAUUGUCUCUUGGAAGCGGCAAUUCGCUCCCUCGCCACACUUUCACUUACCGCUCAAUCAGCAAGUUUUAUCGUAAAGUCUACCUCCAAAGUUGAAUAUAUGUUAACCCGGACAAAACAGUCUGUGGUAUACUCACUAACUACCAAAGAGGAAAAAACAGAUAGAUGUGAAGAAGUGGUUGGUGGACCCCAAAUCCCUCUAUUCUAUGCCUUGUUCAUCCUCCGAAGUUUCGGAUUUCUUCCCGGUGGCAUUGACGCCAGUAGCCCCUCUCCCCAGUAUUCUCCCAAGAAAGCCUCACAUCCUCUAACUCCCAGCCAAGCUCACUCAGCUUCUGCGCAUGGAAAAUAUUCAUCGUUCAUCCCAGCAAGGAUGUUAUUCGGCCUUGUCUUUACAAACGAGAGGGAACCGAGGCAGCAUAUCGAAGGCCUGGUUAUUGACGAUGAGCAUCCAGCCCCGCUAUCGACAAGGUAUGGUGGCGUUCAACCGGUCAAAUAUGUUUUGCGCUGUAUGAUUGGAAGACGUCUUCUCACUCACUGCAUUGUGGCGCUCACCAGUAAACUUUGUGAGCGGCUAGGAGUCAAGCAAAGAAAAGCUUGGGCUUCCUACUCUGACAUGUCUGAACCAUUUGAAGCAUCUAGUCCUUCCGUGGCUCUGCAUUAUCUGGUUAUAUUGAAUUGGUCUGUAUAUCCACCUACAACAGUCACCCUCCCGUUGGGUUUUCAACAUCUCCAGACUAGCUGUAAUGGUGUUCGCGAUACUGCCAGUCUGAGGAUUGAUUUAUCGUUCGCGUUGAAAAAAAUAAUUUCCCCAUUAUCUAUUUAUCACGUUGACAAAGAGGCGGCUUCCAUUCUAAAUAUAUACCAUUGUGGCAACCCUCAGAGAGUAGCUCAAAGUCAAGAUGACGGUUUCGGAGUUCAGAGGACGCACUUUGCCAAUCGACAAUGCAAGAAAGUUGGUGUAGGUCAUUCGCACGGUGAUGUUUGUAACCAACCGCCAUGCGUCGAGCGAUAUUUCAAGACUUGGCCUAGGAGCGUAAUCCAAGAGGGAUCAGAGAGUUUGGAAGUGGGGUCGCAGGCUGUACCAGUAUUGAUAGUUUUGGAUCCAUAUAACCCUACAUGCCGUGUGAAAAUCUGGGAAACCAUCUUCAGCAUUUUGGAGGGUCUUCAAUGUGCCAUGAGGAAGCAUCAACCAAAGUGUGAUAAAUUGAAGAAUGGUUGGAAUACAGAGAAUGAUAUCAGAAUGACGCUUACUCAUCAUGAUCAUUGUGCGGGUUUUGGUGGGCAUCGCAGGCUUGGAGAGCCGGUCACUAGGGGUGAGGGAUAUCGAAGUAAGACCAAUUUCGUAGUCAAACGACCUCUUUUGGAGAAGGAAGAGGUCAUUUGCCAACGUCACAUUUCGCUCUGGCUUUAUUAUUCUUACAGUGGAGAUGGAAGUAGGAGGCUGUUUUCGUUUAGUCUCUUGAUUGAGCUCAGGAUUUGUAGAAACUUCUCCAAUAGCCAAGGGCUGGGGGAUAAAGGACUGCUAUUGAAAAUAUUGUGGUUUGUUUCUGCUUUAACUGUUUCUAGGGUGACUCCUGCGGCUGGACAUAUCACUCUCGGCUUCCACAAACUUAUCUGUCUCCUUAGCUUUUCAGACGGGUCGAACAUUAGAGCUUCGCGCUGGGUAAGGGCUCUUAUCGAACAGUAUCGCUGGCUGUUGGGUUUGGUCACGGCCAGUACCGUUGUCGUGGGGAGCGUUGUGGGUAGAACCCAAGAGAGGAAAAAGAAGCCGUCAAAAAUGAAUUGCUUGACACCUGACCACCCAACCUGGAACCAAGGUCCAAGCCCCAAAGUCACAAUACCAAAGACCGUAAAAGCUCACCCAACAGCUCCUGAGGUAACUGUAUACAUGGCGAGUUCUAUGGUAGGUGAGAAGACGGCGAAUUCGUGUAUGAUUGGGGAGUGCGGUGAUGAUAAAUUGAAGAAGACUACACCGUUGAAACUGAGCAUGCUAUGGAUAUGUGUUCGGGAGCUGGCGGAGAGGAGCUGGCUUGACUGGCACGACGGUGUAGCCUGGCUGGCCAUGAUACGAGCCUCGGUCUUUUUGGCCCACACCUUGAAUCACUAUAGUAUGAACUACUGGAGCUUGGAGAAGUCAAUGAUAAUGGGCGGAGGCCAUCAAUGUUUUGACUACCUGAUAAAAUUGGGUCUAGCCCGCAUGCACGAUGCACUGCAAGUGAAUGCGAUCAAGCCAGGAAGACAUUCACCUGAUGAGAUCAGCUUGAAUGCAGUAACCAAACUCCAAACGCCACCCGACAUGAAAUCGUUAGGUAUUGUUUUUGGGUUGCAUUACCACCACCACCUCAACGAGGGAAGAUUGCAGAGCAUACCGGAUCCGCGCCGCAGCCAAAAGAAACGAUCACGAAUGAUGUUGAAAACACUGACAUACCCGUUUGACCAAACAGGGCGACCUCAGCGAACGAGUUCAGUUGAUCUUCGAGGAGGGUCGGCGGAAGCAAGAAUUUGUGCUCGGUUCCGAGCUUCCAAGGAAGAAUUUUCGCGUACUUGUGUAGCCCACGUUUUGGGUUUCUGGUUCCUGUUGGAAAGAUGGUGCUGGAGUGAUUUGCCUGGAGAAAAAGCUGGAUGGUUGUUAUUUUGUGAGGAAUUUGAAAGGAAUGAGAACUUAGAUAGGCUGCUGAAGAAAGGUUUGUCAGUCACCCGUCCGCUAAGUCCGCGGGUAAGCGUUUGGGCCACGCCUCGAACACCAAUGAGUCACUUGGUGUAG